GUCAUAAACCCUGCAUAAGACACGCAGAAGAUCCACCCAAAUCUUUAUUUGUUCAUUGGCAGGCUUCAGUAAAACUGGUCCACCAAUGGAGUACCAGAUGAACCACGAUCGGCGUGGCUUGGCAUUAAUCUUCAACCAUGAAGAUUUUGCGAAUCCUGAUAAGAAGCGCCGUGGCACAAAUAAAGACAGAGACAUCCUCAGAGACAGUUUUCAAGACUUAGGGUUUGAGGUACGCUGUCAUGAUAAUAAAAAAAAGGCAGAAGUCCUAGAGGAAAUAUCUAAAGCUGCCGCAGCCAACCACGCAGAUGCUGACUGCUUUGUCUGCAUUUUCCUAUCUCAUGGGGAUGAAGGGGAAAUUGAAGCCUAUGAUAAGAAGAUUCAAAUAAAAAAAAUAACAGAUGCCUUCAGAGGUGAUGAGUGCAAGAGCCUUAUAGGGAAGCCCAAAAUCUUCAUCUUCCAGGCAUGUGCCGGUGAUAAAUCCGAAGAUCCUGUGACCGGUAUGAUGGCAGAGGACAGUGAUGAAGAGGAAGUGAUGGAAGAAGCAGCUAACAUCUACACUAUCCCAGCCGGGGCAGAUUUCCUAAUGUGCUACUCUGUAGCACCGGGAUUCAAGGCAUUUCGCCAUACAGAGACUGGAUCAUUUUAUAUUCAGGAUUUAUGUAAAUUGCUGCAGGUUGAUGGUUCAACUAUGGAGUUCACUGAGCUCCUAACACAGGUCAACCUGGCUGUUUCCAGAAGGACCUUUAAUACAUUUAAAAAACAGAUGCCCUGCUUCACCUCCUUGUUGACUAAAAAUCUCUAUUUUAGACCAAAGAAAUAGUCAGGUUUGGGUCUCAAAGUUCAAGUGAAGGGAAGAUUUUAUGCUAUCACAUAUCCAAAGACAUCCAAUACAACGGUGUGUCUCCAAUUAUGUCCACAAUAUUUGUGUAUAUAUUGUACAGUAAAUGUACUAUAUAUGUAGUUAUAUGUCAUGGAGUGAAGCAGGAUGAUUGUGCACCAAAAAGUAAUGGUAAUAAAGAGAUCUCUUUAAAGUCUUUCAUAGCCCAAAGCCCCUCAUGCUGCCCAAUGCCACAGUCAGUUUGUUUUUUUAUUUCACCUUUUAAGCCAAAUUGCAUAUUAUCAGUGAAAAAUAAUGAACACAAAUACAAUUGUCACAGGCUUGUUUUCUAAAGCUAAAAUUUAUUUUCACUUUUACUUGUAUUGUGAAAGGUUUACCUUUACCUAACUUAUGAAUGCUAAAGAAAGUAAAAAAAAAAAUAGACUUAUUUAUUAGUUGUUUGGAGCUAUUUGUCAGGGCUCUCUUUCAGCCGCUCCCGGUGCUAAUCGCCGACACCUGUUCCGCAUUACCCGGUCCCCUCUAUUCCUGCUCUGACCUCACUCGCUGUCAGAUCUACAUGACUGCCACAGUGAUCUACAGAAUUCCCCGCUGGUUCCUGCUCCUGGUUUUGAUUCUAAGGAUUCUUAUCAUAUUAUGUGUGCUGAUUAGUAAUAAAGCAUGAUUGUGUUA